CCAGAGCCUUUAAAAAUUAAAAUAAUAUAUGAUAGAAUUUCUUACAACAUACUGUGUUAAGUAACACAGUAAUAAUAAUUAAAACAGUAAUAAUAAGAUACUUUUGUAAUAUGCUUCGAAAUUUUUGUGCGUAUAAAGAUACAAGAAAAUUUUAUACUUAAUGAAAUUAUUGUGAGAAAUAACAAAUGAAGGUUACGAUAAAUGUAGUUUAAAAGGUGGCUUGCUAAGAAUAAUUACUAUUUAUAUUAAACAUUAAUUUUUAUUUAAUAUUAAACUAUAAUAUUCUACGCAGAAACAAUUUGUUAUAUUAUAUACAUAUAUAUAUGACAUUUAAUUUUUUUCUUUGAAACAGAAUACAAAAUAUAAACAAAAAUGUCCAUUGAUAUAGUAGAAAUGUUAAAAGAACCAAGGAUGAUAAAAGUAUGUGCACCAAUGGUUAGAUACAGCAAAUUACAGUUUCGAACUUUAGUAAGACAGUAUGAUUGUGAUAUAUGUUUUACACCUAUGAUCUUAGCUGAUUCAUUUGUACAAUCUGAAAAAGCCAGAGAUAAUGAGUUUUCAACUAAUAUUGGGGAUAAGCCACUAGUUGUUCAAUUUGCUGCUAAAAAUGUAUAUGACUUUCUUAAUGCAACAGAAUUGGUUGCCCCAUAUUGUAAUGGAGUUGACUUAAAUUGUGGGUGCCCUCAGCGUUGGGCAUUAAAAGAUGGGUAUGGAGCUGACUUACUUAAGAAACCAGAUCUUGUAAAAGAUUUAGUAUAUCAAAAUCGAUCUUUGGCACCUAGUAAAAAUGGCAAACGCCCAUUACUAUUUGAUAUAUCCAAUAAUGUGGCAAUGCGUCAGAUUGUGUCACCAGUUCAACAAACUAAAAAAAAGGUUUGCCGUAAUGUUAAAAAUGUACAAAUACCAGAAUACAAAGCAGUUGCUCUUUCAGCUAAUGAUGUGCAAGCUACCCAAGAAGUAAUUUCUGAACAUGAAGAACGUAUGAAAAAGAUCUUUAGUAAACCAUUUAAGAUACCAAUUCCUGGUUAUCAAUUAUCUGGUCGUGCAUUAGGAAUACGUUUAUCUGGUCCCCGUAGACCUUUACAUGAUCCUGAGGAAGCUAAUGCGCUUGUUGUUUAUUCACCUCCUGAAUUAUCUGAACAUGAAAAAUUGAAAAUAGAUCAAUCUAAACAACUUGUACAUGUAGUAGUGGAUCCUCUAUUAUGUAAUAUUUUAAGACCUCAUCAAAGAGAAGGUGUAAAGUUUAUGUAUGAAUGUGUAACAGGAAAACGUAUUGAAGGUGCCUAUGGGUGUAUCAUGGCAGAUGAAAUGGGUCUUGGAAAAACUUUACAAUGUAUAACUCUGUUAUGGACUCUAUUAAAACAAGGACCCGAAGCUAAACCACUUAUAGAGAAAGCUAUUAUUGUCGCACCAAGUUCAUUAGUUAAAAAUUGGUAUAAUGAGAUCUUUAAAUGGUUGAAAAAUAGAGUUCAACCACUAGCCAUUGAUGGUGGAAACAAAGCAGAUAUCGACACAAAACUUACUGGAUUUAUGAAAACUUACGGCCGCAGGUGUAUAAAUCCUAUUCUGAUAAUCAGUUAUGAAACUUUUCGCUUACACGCACACGUUCUUCAUCAAGAUGAAGUUGGACUCGUAUUAUGUGACGAGGGACAUCGCCUAAAAAAUUCUGAAAAUCAAACAUAUCAAGCGCUUAUAAAUUUAAAGGCUAAAAGAAGAAUACUACUCAGUGGAACACCUAUCCAGAAUGAUCUUUUAGAAUAUUUCUCUCUUGUACAUUUUGUUAAUCAAGGAUUAUUGGGAACUGCACAAGAAUUUCGAAAAAAAUUCGAGAUACCAAUUUUACGUGGUCAAGAUGCAGCUGCAACAGAUACUGAACGUAAACUCGCUCAGGAACGUUUAGCAGAAUUAGUAAGCAUUGUAAAUAAAUGUCUUAUUAGACGCACUAGUGCCUUACUUUCGAAAUAUUUACCUUUAAAAUAUGAAUUAGUGGUGUGUAUAAGAAUGGGAAAACUACAAACUGACCUUUAUAACAGUUUUAUACAAAGCGAUAGUGUUAGAAAAUCAGUGGAAGAAAAUUCUGCCAAUUCUAAAAAAGGAAAAAGUUUUUCAACGCUUGCAGCAAUUACACUGUUGAAAAAAUUAUGUUGUCAUCCUGAUUUGGUAUAUGAUAAAAUAUUGGAAAAAUCUGAUGGAUUUGAAAACGCUGCAAAAUUAUUGCCUCCAAAUUAUAGUACAAAAGAAAUCAUGCCAGAAUUAUCCGGAAAGCUAAUGGUAUUAGAUUGUCUCUUAGCUUCUAUUAAAACAACGACGAAUGAUAAAAUUGUAUUGGUAUCUAAUUAUACACAAACUCUCGAUCUGUUUGAGAAACUGUGUCAUAAACGUUGUUAUAACUAUGUUAGAUUGGACGGCACUAUGACUAUUAAAAAAAGAUCAAAAGUAGUAGAAAAAUUUAAUGAUCCAAAUAGCAAUGACUUUAUUUUUAUGCUCAGCUCCAAAGCUGGAGGCUGUGGAUUAAAUCUUAUUGGUGCAAAUCGACUUGUCAUGUUUGAUCCUGACUGGAAUCCUGCAAAUGAUGAUCAAGCUAUGGCAAGAGUUUGGAGGGAUGGUCAAAAAAAACUUUGUUUCAUAUAUCGUUUUCUUUGUACUGGUACUAUCGAGGAAAAAAUUUUUCAAAGGCAAGCACAUAAAAAAGCAUUAAGUUCUACAGUCGUAGAUCAGGAAGAAGACGUUGCAAGACAUUUUACAUUAAAUGAUUUACGAGAUUUAUUUAAAUUAGAAGAAAAUACUAUAUCAGAUACUCAUGCUAAGUUCAAAUGUAAAAGGUGCAUCAAUGGUAUAGAAGUAAAAGGGCCACCCGAACAAUCUGACUGUAAUUCAGAUUUGUCAGAUUGGAAGCACAUCUAUAAUCCACGACCUUUACCAGAUAUACCAUUACGACAAUGCUGGUCAUGUGGAAUUUCUUUUGUUUUCUGUCAUCGAUCGCAUGAACAAGUUAAAUAGGAUUACGAUUUUUAACUAUUUGGACAUACCUUAAUAAUGGGCGCGAUAUUUUUUAUAUUAUCAAUGUUUCAUAUACUUCUGUACAAAAGUUGUUAGGACAAAGUUUAUAUAAACAAAUUCAUAACAAGCAUUGUGUAUUUGUUUAAUAAUAGAAAUUACAUUGUAUGUUGGGUAUAUUGAAGUUAGUUUGUACAGACAAAUAAUUAAUAUAUUAUUAUAAAUAUUUUAUAGAGCAGGAAAAAAUCUAAUUUAAUUGUAUAAAAAUUGCACAAAUUGAUUAAUAUGUAAAAUAAAUUUUUGUUUAUGAAAGAUUAUUACAGUUAUUAAACAUUUUUAAUAGUUCCAA